CUGCUUUAAAAAGCCGUUGGGCGCGAAGCGUUUGAAUGUUUGCGGGCGCCGCGCGGGCUUUGCGAGACAGCGCCUGAGGUACAAGUUGUUUAGAAAAGAACAGCGAACUAACUUCUCAGUAGUUGAAUGUGUAAAUGUACUGAAAAAUGGAGUUGCAGAUCCAGGAGUUUAAGGCUCUGGCAGAUGAACUGAUGAUUAUCCUCUCUGGUUGUAAUGGAGAGGUGCAUCUGCAGAAUGCCAUGAAAUAUCAGACAAAAAUAGUGAAUACUUUCCUAGAUGUAGAAAAGUGUGUGAAGCAGCAGUUAAGAGAGAUCCAGCAAACGCAAGAACAUGUGGCACAGAAGGUUAUUGAAGUGGGAGAAGAAAGAGAGAAAAGUUUACUGGAGUUAAAGAAGAUUAAAGAAAAAUGGAACGAGACUGAGCAACAGAAUUUUAAGUCUGAAUCUGAGCUUGCAUUGUUACAGAAAGAGCUGGAGGAGCUUGACAAUUCUGAAAAGGAAAUCGCUGUAAUGGAAGAGGAGGUAGAUGAAGAUACAACAGUGAUUAUUCCAUCUACUAAGUACUUGGCUCACAUCUUCCACAAGGUCACUAAGAUAAUUUGGGACUAUGACUGUGAUCCUUCCCUUGUAAGAGGCGUUCACUUUGGAGCAGGUGUAGCGCAGCCCAUUAACAUUGAUUCAACGAAGCACUCUGACAGUUUCAUAUGUGAUUACUUGUGGAGCCUUGUGAGCACGGAUUGGUAAAUUAUUUCCUGGGCGCGAAACUAUAAAGGAACUGCACAUUUAAAAAAACUAUUUUCUGAAUGAAAUCUUCUUGAUUACGUGGUUUCGAUCUUGGAAAAUAUAUUUUUCACCUUGGAGUUGACAAGUUGCUUCAACAGAUAAUUUUGCAUGUGGUAUUUUGUAUUUCAUGCAUCAAUGUCCUAUAAAAUCUUCAUAAGAAAAGGACAAGAAGAUUGGUAUAGUUUAAAGACAAAGUAAUUUGGACAAUAUUUUCCUAACCGGGUGGUAGUAAUUGAAAAUCUUCUCAUUGUGUAAUUUGCAGGAAUAAACCCACUACCACUCUCCAACAGUGCUAGACUAUUGUAAAAUACUAUUAAUUGUUGUAUGUAUAUAUGCAAACUUUAUCAAAAACUUUGAAAUGAUUUGUUCUUGUACCUUUGGCUGGGCAAACUUGAUCUCCAGUGCAACCUGCCUUUGAAACCCAGACACAUUUAUAGAUGAAACUUGACCAUAUUUGUUUAAAUAUCUAGCUCUGUGGUAAGGUAGUAGAAGAGUGACCCAAACUGAAAACACUAGUUCUGUAAUUCCUUAAAUAUUCUAAGCUUCCUUAUGCACGGCUUGUCUCUGCAUGUUUUUGUAAAGGUUGGCACAAAUGGGAAAAAAUACUGUGACUGGCAAAUGAAAGAAUAUCUGUCCCUUUUGAAAAACAGAAUAUUGAAAGCACAGCAAAAUUUGAUUUUAAAUAUCUUGUUUCAGCAAGAGAACUUCAGUUAGUUAGUGCAAUCUGGGUUUAUAAUUGGGUCUGUUAUGCUUUUUAUAUGGUCAAGUAUUGCAAAGUUUAAUUGUAACUGUAUAUCUUCUAAGCUGUGUUAUGUUUGUGUUGAGGUUCUUUUCUAAUAAAGUCUGUUAGUGUGGUAGACACCUUAAUCUUUUGUGUUUGUACAUCAUGUAUUUAAAUUUGUUUUGCAAAGGAGUUGCAAUCUAUUGGGUGGUAUCUCAAAUUCUGCUUGUGUUAAAUGAUCUGCUGUUCUUUGUGUUAGAUUCGGGAGUAAUGAAAUUAUGUGAAUACAGCAGAUAUUCUAAUUAGAAUCAGGUUUAUCAUAGAAUAUAUGAAAUUUGUUUUGCAACAGCAGUACAGUGCAAUGUAUAAAAAGUUACUAAGUUACAGUAGAAAGUAUAAAAACAUAGUACAAAAAGGAAGUGUCGUAGUGUUUAUGGGUUCAUGUGCCAUUCAGAAACUUGAUGGCCACGGUAAAGAUCUCCCUAAAACAUUGAAUAUGUGUCCUCGGGCUCCUAUACCUCCUCCUGGUUGGUAGUAAUGAGACAAAGGCAUGUCCUUAAUGAUGGAUUCAGUUCCCUUGAAGAAUCCCCCUUUUGACGAUGUCCUUGAUAAUAGCGCUAAUGCCCAUGAUGGAGUUGCAGUGAUUGCAUAAGUAUGCUGGGCCCAGGAUAGAUCCUCUGAAGUAAUCAGGUAAAUGGGCAGCACAGUCUACAGAGCACUACAGAUGACAGGCAGCUGGCCCACAGCAGGGCUCUGGUUACUCAAAUUAGAUUUGUAAAGUGAAGUGGCCACCAGGUGUUCUUGUAUGCGUCAGCCCAGUGUAAGACAAUGGAGUUGUGUUAAUUAGCUGCAUCCAGCCAGGUACUAUGGCUCAGUCACUUUGCACCAUUGUGACUAAGUUCAAGGAAGUUUGCAGACCAGACGGAUAGAGUCACUUAGCAUACUAAGUAUGGUCACAGGCAUUUUGCUCAAUCAAUAGUUGUGAUACUUGUGUACUCAAGAGUCAGCUCUCGCUGCAUUAAUUUUGGCUAUCUGGGAUCUCUGUACCUUAAACAAGUUAGUUUCUCCCAAAAAAAGGUGAUUGAGCCUUAACAAACAAGAGAAAAUCUGCAAAUGCUGGAAAUCCAAGCAACGCACACAAAAUGCUGGAGGAACUCAGCAGGCCAGGCAGCAUCUAGGAAAAAAGUACAGUCGAUGUUUCAGGCCGAAACCAUUUGAAGAGCUUCAGCCUGAAAUGUCAACUGUACUCUUAUAUUCUGCCUGGCUUGCUGAGUUCCUCUUAUCUGUUAAAAUAUUUUCCUACUGUAAACAUGCAUUUCAAUGGAACUGUUUUCUUCACAAAAUACUGAUGUCAUUGCAGUUAUUGAAAUUGUAUUGAACCACCAACUGUUAGCAUUGUCCUUAAGGAGACAAAAUCUUGAUGUAAUUUCAGUUUGGGAGACUACGGGGAGGGUCUCCCAAGAGAAUUUCUGUUUGUGAUGAAUAAAGACUUAUCUCAUCAGCUUC